ACAACCCCUCUUUUUCCCCACAUUGGAAGUAUAUCUCCAAUAGCUCCAGCAAAGUUGAACCGAUCAGAUGUAAUACCGUCCUCUCCAAUACGAGACCCACGGAUAGAGAGAACACAGUUGGUAGGGAGAGACAGCCCAACUUUGCAUCGGCACCUACCUUCCCAGUACACAAAAGACAGUCAUACACAUAGCUAUGAUCAUAGGCAGUAUGGGACACUCAGAAGUCUCAAAGACAGUCCAAAUAGCAGCAGGAGACAUUUUACAAGGCCUAACCUAGAGACACCAAGCUGGACCACUCAGCAAAAUCAUGGGGUAAAGGAAUGCUUAGCCAGAGAAAAGGAAAACUUAAUGGAGAUGGACAGUCAUAGGAGGAAUAGUCCAACAACACCAGUCUCUCAAGAGAACCAUUGUAGGGUCUCAAUGCAGAAAAAUGAGAUGAAAGCUGACACUAGGACUAACAAGGAGUGCAGUGGUACAGCAUCACAGAGUUCCAGUGGGGUCACAGGCAGCCUUAUAGAGAGCACUCUACAUGAGAAAGACUGCAUAUCCUCUGAGAUAUCUAGCAAAACCAGCCAAAAGAGUCCUGACUCUGGAAACACAGGAAUACAGUCUGAAAGUGGAACAUUUCUGCUGAGGCCUUCCUUACACUCUCAGAAGAUUGCUCAUGCCAAAUGGGAGUUCCUGUUUGGGUCCCACUCUGAUCAACAAGAUCAACAUGAAACAAAGAGUUCCUCCACUGUACCCUCCAGUGAUUGUACCAUUGAGUCUCCAGCAUCCAUUCCACCCUUGUCUACCACUGUAAGGUCAAUAACAACACACUCAAGACCCUGUAAAUCAACUGGCUCUUCAAAAUCUGUAUGCCACAUUGUACAGCAAGUUGAAGUGGAGUUGAUAAACCAUCAUCCCACAAUGGAAAGUUCCGAUAAGACCGGCAUCGCCGGACGUAGUGUGAAAUAUUCAGAGACCGACAUAGAUGCAGUGCCCCUGCGCUGUUACAGGGAGACAGACCUUGAUGAGGCGAUGCUGGCAGAACAGGAGGAGGUGGACUCUGCUUUUGGCAGUAACCGCAGUGUGCUAAACACUUCAGGCACUAACAGCAGCAGCCCCCUGGAGGGACUGUUGUGCCCACACACAGAUGGUGAGGAGGAGCUGCAAGAUGAAGAGGUGGCGAGCUGGGCAAGUGUGAGGAUGCAAGGUGACAAAAUGAGGCAAAAUGCCACACCUGAAGGAGAUGAAGUGUUUAGUCGACUGCUAAGAGGUCCCCCAGAUUGCCAGCCUGACAGCCACACGGCUUUGAAGUCUCCCAUCUCUGUCACCAACCCCUGUCAGAUCUCAUCAGAUGGCUUGGACUCCUUCAGCAGACACUUUGAGAGCAUUAUGGAGUCACACCGUGCCAAGGGCACCUCUUAUAGCAGCUUGGAUAGUGAAGACAUCACCCCUAGUGGCCCACUUGUCUUCACUUUUGACUUUCCGACUCUCACUCCUGAGAUCCAGAGUCAGAUCAGUGAAAGUGCCAAGCAGAUCAUCGAACUGAACUUCUCUCCUCUAACGUGCCCACAACCACCUGCUGUGUCUGAUCCCACGGAGUGUGUGGCCUCCCAGGACUCGCACAGGAAGGACCAGAGUGGUGUCUGUGUAGAAGAAAAUCCAUUCUGUAGUGGAUCCUGCUCUGAUCAAGCCCACAGGCCUGAUUCUGACACAGAUGCUGCCGUGAGGUUAGUAUCGGUCUGGUGA